GUGGCUGCCGGAAAGCACUGAAUACAGGAAGUAAACAUCGAUUUACUGGCUUUGUUUCCGUCCGUCCAGUGGCUUUGGGGUCCAGUGCGACAGGACUGGAGGAAGCCAGAUAACAAUGUCGGCUACCGCUGUGGAUACAGCUAAUGCUGCCCCCCUGUCGGGGUCCAAAGAAAUGAGUUUGGAGGAACCAAAGAAGAUGACCAGAGAGGACUGGAGAAAGAAGAAGGAGCUAGAAGAACAGCGAAAACUGGGUAAUGCUCCUGCAGAAGUUGAUGAAGAAGGAAAAGACAUCAACCCUCAUAUUCCUCAGUAUAUUUCUUCGGUACCAUGGUAUAUUGAUCCAUCCAAAAGACCUACUUUAAAGCAUCAGAGACCACAGCCCGAAAAACAGAGGCAGUACAGCUCAUCUGGAGAGUGGUACAAGAGGGGCGUGAAGGAGAAUUCCAUAGCUACUAAGUACCGCAAAGGAGCGUGUGAAAAUUGCGGGGCCAUGACACACAAAAAGAAGGACUGCUUCGAGAGACCUAGGCGCGUUGGAGCGAAGUUUACAGGGGUUAAUAUAGCUCCAGACGAACACAUGCAGCCUCAGCUGACGUUUGACUACGACGGGAAGAGGGAUCGGUGGAAUGGCUACAAUCCGGAAGAACACAUGAAAAUUGUAGAAGAAUAUGCCAAAGUAGAUCUGGCAAAACGAACGCUGAAAGCCCAGAAACUCCAAGAAGAAUUAGCCUCUGGAAAAUUAGUGGAACAGGCCAAUUCUCCAAAACACCAGUGGGGAGAAGAGGAACCAAAUUCUCAAAUGGAAAAAGAUCAUAAUAGCGAAGAUGAGGAUGAAGAUAAAUACGCAGAUGAUAUUGACAUGCCUGGACAAAACUUUGACUCUAAGAGACGGAUUACUGUUCGGAAUCUUAGGAUUCGUGAAGAUAUUGCAAAAUAUUUGCGGAAUUUAGAUCCAAAUUCUGCUUACUAUGACCCCAAAACGAGAGCAAUGAGGGAGAAUCCCUAUGCCAAUGCAGGGAAAAAUCCGGAUGAAGUGAGCUAUGCGGGAGAUAACUUUGUUAGAUACACAGGCGAUACCAUUUCGAUGGCUCAGACGCAGUUGUUUGCAUGGGAAGCCUAUGACAAGGGAUCCGAAGUGCAUCUGCAGGCCGAUCCUACCAAACUGGAACUGCUGUAUAAGUCCUUCAAAGUCAAAAAAGAAGACUUCAAAGAACAGCAGAAAGAGAGCAUCCUGGAAAAGUAUGGCGGCCAAGAACAUUUGGAUGCCCCUCCAGCUGAGCUGCUUUUAGCUCAGACAGAAGACUAUGUGGAGUAUUCGAGACACGGGACAGUCAUCAAAGGACAGGAGCGGGCUGUGGCCUGCUCCAAGUACGAGGAGGACGUGAAGAUCCACAAUCACACGCAUAUCUGGGGAUCUUAUUGGAAAGAAGGCCGAUGGGGAUACAAAUGCUGUCACUCUUUUAUCAAGUAUUCCUAUUGUACUGGAGAAGCUGGGAAAGAGAUCAUGAAUUCAGAGGAAUGUAUUGUAAAUGACGUAGCUGGAGAAGAAUCUGUGAAAAAACCCCAAACCCUCGUGGAGAUGCAUCAGGAAAAACUAAAAGAGGACAAAAAGAAGAAAAAGAAGAAGAGGAAGAAGCAUCGAAAGAGCAGUUCAGAUAGCGAUGAUGAUGAAGAAAAGAAACAUGAAAAACUGAAAAAGGCACUGAAUGCAGAGGAGGCCCGCCUUCUUCAUGUCAAGGAGCUCAUGCAGGUCGAUGAGAGGAAGCGGCCUUACAACAGCAUCUAUGAAACUCGGGAACCCACGGAGGAGGAGAUGGAGGCCUAUAGAAUGAAGCGGCAGAGGCCAGAUGACCCCAUGGCCUCUUUCCUUGGGCAGUAAACUCGCCACAGACGGUCACCUGUGAUAAACGCAGCCGAUGACUGUAGAUGGAAAAGUCAGUGUCUGCUCAUCUUGCUGCCUGACUUUAAUAAAGCUCCCAGAAGUCCUAUGGUAAAUGUAUUCCUUUCCACACUGAAGAAACAGAAGAAGACCAAGGAAGUGGCACAUUAAGUGCAGAUUAAGACUGUAGUUCCAAUUUUAUGUUAGUGAUACAGAAAGAGGCCUCGGUUCACUUGCCCCUGUACUACCUCUCACACACGUGCUCUCUCUCUCUCAAGACUGUCUUCAUCUCAACAGUUAAGUCUUAACCUUUAUUUCUUCAAUGUUUAUGGCACUUUAUCUAGAGUUUGCACACAUUUUAAAGGCAGAUUACUCUUCCUCAAAACUAGAAUCAUUUUUUUUAUUUUUCACUUUGACUCUUUUUUAAUCCUCACCCGAGGAUAUGUUUAUUGACUUUAGAGUGGGAGAGAGAGAGAAACACGGAUGUGAGAGAGAAGCAGUGAUUCGUUGCCCACCCCGCAGGCACCCGCAGCCUAGGUCUGUGCCCUGACCAGGAAUUGAACCUGAAGCCUGUUGGUGUUUCGGUUGACGCUUCAACCAGCUGAGGCACCUGGCCAGGCUGGGCUUCAUUUUUUAAGAUUAGUAGUAACUAUACUGUAGCUAGUUAGUUUAUAGUCAUUUGUCGUUGCCUCCUAAGGUUUUCCUGGUCUGCAGCUAAAAUAAUUCAGUCUGAAAGGAAAUUUAUAGAAGAUGUGAAUAACUUUAUCCCCUAUGGUAAUAAUUCUGUUUUUCACUUGUUAAUAUGCUUUUGAUUUGUAAAAUAUUGGCUUGUGUCUUACACCCACAACUAAAUGUGUUAGCCUUUGGAUGGAAAAAGAACUCUCUUUUCCAUUCGUGAAUCAGAGGUGAGUAGGUCCUUUACCAUUCUGGAGAUGAGCCUAUGGACAGAAACCCUUUCCUGUGCCAUAGAGGCUAUAGUUUUUGAUAACUAUUUUUUUGUUUUAAUUGUGAUUGCUUCUAUGUAACAAUCAUGAAUAUGAAAUUUGACUUUAAAAGCUUAUAAAAUUCCCUUGUACCUAGCCUUUGUAUCCAGCAGGUGUCACUUCAUAAAAUUUGCAAAAGCAAAACCUGAGGUUGAAGGUUUCUUAAAAGAACUAUGAGGAUAGCUUGUAGGGCUACUAGAUUGCCAUGAUCCUCAGGCUUCUUCUAAGGACAUUGUGAAAAUAAUACUGACAGUGAGACCGGGUCCAUGAAAAAAAACAAGUUUCAAACCUUCGACAUGAGUACAUUGACUUUUAACAGCUCAUUGGAUUUUCUCAGCUACCAAAAUCCACUAAGAUACUGCAUUAUGUUAGUAUCUCAGAAAUAAUUCUGGUGCUCCCGAUGGCAGCACAUACACAGAAGUAAUUCUGCUGAGAGAGGAGCUGAACCUAAUUGUCAAAUUCUGUGGAUAUCCACGUGGUAUCCAGACUCAGAUUGGUAGGAAAUUAAGUAAAACAGCAGUACAAAUAGAUCUAAUUUUAACCACUUUAAGAAUGUCAAAAGUUUGAGUUUUCAUAUUCCUACUUUAACAUAGGGUAGUUCAACAUAAAGUCCGAGGCUGGUGUUUAUUUUGUAUCUUAUUUAUCUUUUUUAAUAAAGAUAUGAUUGAGAAUA